AUGGAACCAGAAUUCAAAAUUAAUGAUUAAAUACUAUUUAAAUAAUCCAGAACACAAUAACUUUUGGAUGAUGGAAUUGUAUAAAAAAUUUAUAAAUUAUUUAGAUCACUACUAUAUUUACUAAUAAAAAACCUAAAAAAUAUAUUGCAUAAACCAAUAAAAAUAAUAAGUAACACUUUUCUGUAUAAAUAGAUAUCAAUUUAUCAAAAACUAAAUGAAAUCAAACAAAUAAUGUUUAAAUAUUAAUGAUCAUUCCUACAAUAUUGAAUUCUAAAGAAUUUUAUCUUAGCUUAUUAUGCAAAAGAACGAAGAUUAAUUGAUAGAAUAAGUAAUCAUAUUUAUUCAAAUUUUAGUUAAAAACAUUAUUAAAUCGAAUUACAUUUGACUAAGUAAUCUAAGCAUAAAAUGGACCCAAAAUUAUUUACACUACUUACAAAUUUCUGAUUAUGAGAAAACCAUCCAUUAUUAGAAAUUAUCCUUUUAUUACUAUCAACCUAGUUAUUAAACAACUAAAGAAACUCAUUAUUUAAAUUAAAAAAUAAUUGCUCUAAAAUGUACUUAAAUUUUAUAAUUAUAUUAGUUUAAUUUAAAUUCAUAACAGCAAUAUUCAAUAAAACAAAAAUCAUCAAAGGAAAAUCAAAUAACCUUUAAGUAAAUGAAAGAGAUCAAAUAAAUACAAAAAAUAUAAUCAAUUUGCGAAGACUCUGAAAAGGAUGAGUAACCCACUGCAUUCUAUGAAAAUUUUAGUAUUCUCAUUAAAUAUUCUUAUAGUUUCUAAUUCAUCAUCAUUUAGACCUUAUAAAAUUGAUAUUAAGAAUCAUAAAUUAGAAUAAAUCUCUUUAUCUGAAACUAAGGCUACUCCUAAAAUUGAUUAAAUCAAAAAUAUUUAUUUCAAACCAAUAAUACUACUAGGACCUGCAUCCCAUUUGCAAUACUGA